CGGCUGCCAUUCUCCGUGAUGGAGCGAUCGAGGAGAGCAGCAGCGUCGGCGGCAGCAGCGGUGACGGCGGCUUUGCGGAGCUCGCGUCAUUUUUAGCGCGACUGCGCUCCCCUCCACCACCCCACAACAAAAACACAGUUGUGUCGCGCGGUCUCCCGCGUGCUCGUGGCAUGGCCUCAGCAUGAACGCCGGCGAGCAAAGCAUCGUGGCCGAUUGGCUUCGCACCCUGGGGCUGCCUCAGUACGCGGAGAGCUUUGUGGACAACGGAUACGAUGACCUGGAGAUCUGCAAGCAGAUUGGCGAGCCCGACUUGGAUGCCAUCGGCGUCACCGAUCCGAGGCACAGGGACCGCGUUCUCCAAGCCGUGCGCGUUCUGCUCGAACAGGGCGGCACCUCGGUGUACUUCACCCUGGAGGAAGCCGCGAGGCAUUCCCGCGUCUCGGCGGCAUCGGCGAGCGAGUACGGCUUCGACGACUGGGGUUCGCCGGCGCCGGACAAAGCUGCGGUGCGGCCGGAUUCGCUCCGCUACUUCCAGGACGAGUACGAGGAGGGCAAGGCCGAGCUGGUGCGCUUUCCCAAGAUGCAGCUCAAGAUCAUGGUCAGGGAGAAAAUGGUUCGCGAUGGGAUACGCCUCAGCAUGCAGCCGUACAGCAACCCGGAUGGCAGUCGGGGAGACCUGGACGGCCUCGCGAGACGCUACGCGGAGGAGCUUCGGACGCACUUUCAGGACGUUCUCGAGAGACUCGAGGAGCUCCGGAAGCGACGAGUGGCUGCCGACUUUGCUCAGCUUCCGGACGAUAUUACCAAUAAUUUGGGCUAUAGGGCGCCUCGGUAUUACAGACCUGGCAAAUACAUGCCUUCAAGUUGCGUCAACGACCCCGAAGACGAGUGCGGCGGCGUGGUGGACCCCUACGGAGUCUACGGUGUCCGCCUGGGGCCCUUCGUGGAGAGCACGGGAUCUCCGCAGCGGUGCCUAAGUCCUCGGUCCAAGUAUUUCUACGAGCCUUGUCCCUUCUCUGCGUCCGGUGAGUCCAUAAAAUGAUUUAUAUCUUAUGCACCUCCUCCGACGUUUACG